AUGGGAGGAAGGAUCCGGCCGCAGAUGGCAAAGGAAAAGAUUGAGGGAUGUCACAUCUGCACCUGCGUUACCCCCGGAGAGACUCAGGUGGUCAUGGGUAAAGACAAGGCCUUUACGUAUGACUUUGUGUUUGACUUGGAUGCUCAACAACAUCAGAUCUACAGCGCCUGUGUUCACAAGCUAGUUGAAGGCUGCUUCGAGGGAUACAACGCAACUGUCUUCGCUUAUGGACAAACCGGUUCAGGAAAGACCUACACCAUGGGCACUGGCUUUGAUGUGACCAUUUCGGAGGAAGAGCUGGGCAUCAUCCCACGGGCUGUGCAACAUCUCUUCCAGGGCAUCCAGAAACGCAGACUAGAUGCGCAGAGCGCCGGCAUGCCCCUGCCAGAAUUCAAAGUCAGCGCCCAGUUCCUUGAGCUGCUGCAGUGUCUGAAGCUGGGCGCUCUUUCCCGCACCACCGCCAGCACGCAGAUGAACGCCCAGAGUUCCCGCUCUCAUGCCAUCUUCACCAUCCACCUCUGCCAGAUGAGAGUCUGCCCGCAGCCACAACUGGUGAACGGAGAGAUGAACGGCGAUAGCGCCAUCUCUCAGCCCGAGUAUGAGACGCUCACUGCUAAGUUUCACUUUGUGGACCUGGCUGGAUCAGAGCGUCUCAAACGCACAGGAGCCACAGGAGAGAGAGCGAGAGAGGGCAUCUCUAUCAACUGUGGCCUGCUGGCUCUGGGUAAUGUGAUCAGUGCACUGGGAGAUCAGAGUAAGAAGGCAGGCCAUGUGCCUUACAGAGACUCCAAACUCACACGCCUGCUGCAGGACUCACUGGGAGGAAACAGUCGGACCGUGAUGAUUGCCUGCGUGAGCCCCUCUGACCGUGACUUCAUGGAGACCCUGAACACACUGAAGUACGCCAAUCGGGCUCGCAACAUCAAGAACAAAGUGAUCGUGAACCAGGACAAAACCAGCCAGCAGAUCAGCGCCUUACGAGCGGAGAUCGCACGCCUGCAGAUGGAGAUCAUGGAGUACAAAGCGGGGAAGCGAGUGGCCUGUGAAGAUGGAUCCGACGGUUUUAGCGAUCUGUUUCAGGAGAACUCUAUGCUGCAAAAAGAGAAUGACACUCUACGUAUGCGGGUCAAAGCCAUGCAGGAAACCAUCGACCACCUCAACACUCGAGUCACCCAGCUUCUCACCAAUGGAGUCAACCUGCUGCUCACCAAGACUGGUGAAACGAACGAGGAGAUUGGCAAUCUAAUCCAGAACUACAUUCGAGAAAUCGAAGAGCUGAGGUCUAAGCUGCUGGAGAGUGAGGCCAUGAACGAGUCUCUGAGGCGCAGUUUGUCUCGCCUCUCCGCCCGCUCUCCAUACCCAGCCUCCCACCCGUCUACUCCAGCACUCCCUCUCGGCUCCUCCCCCUCUGUUUCCAUGGAUGCAGAGAUGACAGAUGUGAUUCGUCAAGCCAAAUUAGAUGUGGAGAGGCUGAAGAAGAAAGAGACAAAUCAGAGGAGGAAGAGUCCUGAGAAAGAAAAAGGUCUGAAGAAGAGAGCCAAGCUUUAUUCUCAGGAAAAUGGAGAAAAGAGUGAGAACGGGUUGAGCAGGGAAAACGAAGAGAGACGAGAAAAUGGAGAUGGAGACUCUGAUAAUGAACCUGAAGGGGAUGGCAUGUAUCCUCUUCAGGAGGACGAUCACGGCUGUGAUGAGGAGGAGGAGGAGGAGGAGGAGGAGGAAGAGGAGACCAGGGAGGAGGAAGAGUUCGACAGCGAUGAGAGCCUGGUGGAUUCCGACUCUGACUCAGACGAGAAAGUCAGCUUACAGGCCGAUCUGGCGGACCUGACGUGUGAGAUCGAGAUUAAGCAGAGACUCAUCGAUGAGCUGGAGAACAGCCAGCGGCGGCUCCUGAUGCUGAAGAGCCAGUAUGAGGAGAAACUGAUUCUGCUCCAGAACAAGAUCAGAGACACACAGCUGGAGAGAGACCGCGUGCUGCACAACCUCAUGUCCAUGGAGAACUACACUGAAGAGAAAGCCAGUAAGAUCAAAUCCGAGUAUGAGAAGCGUCUGAAGGAGAUGAACCGAGACCUGCUGAAGCUGCAGGCCGCUCAGAAGGAGCACGCGCGUCUGCUGAAGAACCAGAGCCGCUACGAGAGAGAGCUCAAGAAACUGCAGUCUGAGGUGGCCGAGAUGAAGAAAGCUAAGGUGGCGCUAAUGAAGCAGAUGAAGGAGGAGCAGCAGAGGAGGAGGAUGAUCGAGGCCAAGAGGAACAGAGAAAUCGCGCAACUGAAGAAAGAGCAGCGACGACAAGAGUAUCAGAUCCGAGCUCUGGAGUCGCAGAAGCACCAGCAGGAGAUCGUGCUGCGGAGGAAGACCCAGGAGGUGACGGCGCUGAGGCGGCUGGCCAAGCCCAUGUCGGAGCGUGUGGCCGGACGUGUGGCCCGCAGACUCACCCGUUUGGACUCCUUAGCAGAGCUGUCCACCGCUACCACAACAACCUCCUCCGAACUGGAAUCCACUCGCUCGGUUUCCAGCAUCAUACGCCAGUGGAAUACCAAACUGAAUGGAUACCUGGGAGAGAAUGAGAGCCACGGGACCGGAGGAAACCUGGCCAGCAGAAAAAAGUUCCAGCGAAAGAGUACGAGCACGAGUUUUUCAAAGACAGCCCGUCAGAAGUGGCAGUCUCUGGAGAGGAGGAUCAUGGAUAUUGUGAUGCAGAGAAUGACCAUCACUAAUGUGGAAGCUGAUAUGGAUCGCCUCAUUAAGAAACGUGAGGAUCUGUCCGUGCAGCAGGAGGCGCUGUUGCGCAAGAGAGAAAAGUUACUGAACGAGGGCUUCGGAGAGGAUGAGGAGGAGAGGCUCCUUCAGGAGAUGAACGAGGAGAUUGAUGUGCUCAAUGCUAACGUCGACUACAUCAGUGACAGUCUGUCAGACUGCCAGGCCACCAUCGUACAGAUCGAGGAGACCAAGGAUGAGCUGGACUCAGUGGACACCUCAGUGGUCAUCAGCUCCUGCUCGCUGGCCGAAGCUCGUGCUCUCCUGGACUACUUCCUCAAAGCCUCUAUUGACAAGGGGUUGCAAGUUGCUCAAAAAGAGGCUAAAAUUCGCCUGCUGGAGGGUCAGCUGCGGCAGACGGAUAUGAUUGGCUCUUCCCAAAAUCACAUGAUCCUUGAUGCUCUAAGGGAAAAGGCGGAGUGUAUCCCUGAGCUACAAGCUCUAAUCCACAAUGUCCAGCAAGAGAAUGGCUAUGCGAGCACAGAUGAGGAUGCGUCUGAGUUCAGCCAGGCGUCAGAGGGCGGUUUUUCCCAAAUGAAGUUGUCUGCGAGUCAAGAUGACUUUAAGAUAAAGGUUGAGCCUCGGCUCUCUGCACAAAUGAAGGCGGUGUCAGCUGAGUAUUUGGGCUCGAUUCUGGACCUCACCUCCAAGAACAUCACUAAGUCCCUGGCUUCUCUGUCGGAGAUUCAUGAGAACGGCCUGGUCCUCAAAGAGCCCUACUCCAGAGAGCUGGUGUCUCGAACCAUCAGCCUGCCUGUCAGAGGACACACUUUCCCAAGGCAGUCCAGAGGAUAUGACACUUCUCCCUUAACAAGGAGGCAGUCAUACGAUCGAGGCCAGCCAUAUAGAAGUCCAGACGUAGGCUACACCCCUCCUUCUUCCCCUCCUCUCCGAACACGUAACGACCGCAACGUCUUUUCCCGCCUGACAAGCAACCAGAGUCAGGGCUCAGCACUCGACAAGUCGGAUGACAGCGACUCCUCUCUCUCGGAGGUGCUCAGGGGUGUAAUCACUCCCACAGGUGGGCUGAAGGGGGGCAGGACGGCCCCGUUGCAGUGUGUGGCAAUGGCCGAGGGACACACCAAACCUGUGCUUUGCCUGGAUGCCACAGAUGAGCUGCUUUUCACUGGCUCCAAAGAUCGUACCUGCAAGGUGUGGAACUUGGUGACUGGACAGGAAAUCGUGACCCUGAGAGGACAUCCUAACAACGUUGUGUCUGUCAAAUACUGCAGCAACUCCGGCCUUGUCUUCACAGUUUCUACUUCAUAUAUCAAAGUUUGGGACAUUCGUGAUUCUGCCAAGUGCGUCCGGACGUUCACGUCAUCGGGUCAGGUGGUCUCAGGCGAUGCCUGUGCUAGUACAACCACUCGCACUAUCACUACAGCUCAGGGCGAGUACCAGAUCAACCAGAUCGCCCUCAAUCCCUCCGGAUCCGUGCUGUACGCUGCUGCAGGCAACACUGUCCGCACAUGGGACCUCAACAGAAUGCAGGCCACUGGGAAGCUGACCGGACACAUUGGGUCAGUCAUGUGUCUUACAGUGGGUUAUUCUGGAGGAGGCAAGGAUCAGGUGAUCACUGGAUCCAAAGACCAUUACGUGAAGAUAUUUGAUGUUGCGGAGGGAACCCAGGGUAACAUCGGACCAGCUCAUAACUUCGAGCCCCCUCAUUACGAUGGGAUUGAGUGCCUUGCUAUACAUGGCGAUGUGCUGUUCAGUGGUUCCCGUGACAAUGGCAUUAAGAAAUGGGAUCUGGGACAGCAUGAACUUAUUCAGCAAAUCCCAAACGCGCACAAGGAUUGGGUGUGUGCUCUGGCGUUUGUUCCCGGGCGGCCCAUGCUCCUCAGCGCCUGCAGGGGGGGAAUGCUCAAGGUGUGGAAUGUGGACAACUUCACCCCCAUCGGAGAGAUUAAGGGCCAUGAGAGCCCGAUCAAUGCCAUCUGCACCAAUUCCAAACAGAUCUUUACCGCCUCCAGUGACAUGAGAGUAAAGAUCUGGAAUCCGAAGAUGGGGAAGAAAAGGUGACAAUCCUCCGUUUGGAACGGUUCUAUCAGUGGAGCCUUUUUGGGCUGACGGCUAAUUGGACACCACAGUUUUAGGUGUCUGAAACCGACCUUGGCGACGAGUCCAUGGGUCAGCCUUCUCUCUCCAGAAGGCCAGUUUCAUGGACCUGCCUUUAGGAGAUGAGGCACAGCCGUCUGAUUUAGAAGACACAACCCUUUCAACCGGCUGAAAACGGAGUCGCUUCUGAGGAAUACGGUCCAAUGAUCAUGAGUCUGAGGAACUGCCGGUUGCUUUCUUCUGGAUGUUUUUAAGGUGCCAUUUUGGUGAUGCCGAAACUGUAUUAUCUGUACAGUGAAGUGUCCUUCUGCACUUCCUGUCUAAACGAAAACAUGUCCUUGAGGUGACUUCAUCUGUAGCUGCUGAUUUUACUUCUGAAUAUUUAUCACGUCAAGGUGGAAUCAUUUCAGAGUCGUUUUUGUAAAUCCUAGAAAGCCAUAUGACUUUAGCUUUGACGUAGUAUCAGACACUGAAUCACUUUUUCUCAGUAUCCAGAAGAUUGGCACCUUUUGUGUUUACUAAGAACGAGCAGAUGCAGUCGUCAUCAAUCCCAGUCCCACAUUCCCUUAAAACAUUGUGCAAUAUUAUGGACCACCAUGUUUUUCAAUGCCUUCCUCUUCCAGGGGUUUCUCUGAACAUUUCAGAUUACUAAUGGCUCCCCUAAACCGCAGCCAAACACCGUACAGCCCUCUUCAGAUACACUUCCUUUUCUUUUAAACUCGUUCGCUCCAUCCUGCUUUGAAUUUUUUUGUUUUCUACCUCAGGUUUAAAA